ACAAAGUAAUCGCUACAAUCGAUAGCUGUGUACUAAAUAUCGAACAUCUCGUCCAUUUGGUCCAAGUCACCACCGCGUAUAGUUUGUGUUUUGUUCUUAAAUUCAAUUGAGUCCCUAAUACACAUACAAAAUGGUUAGGGAGAACAAAGCAGCAUGGAAGGCUCAGUACUUCAUCAAAGUUGUGGAACUGUUCGAUGAGUUCCCGAAGUGUUUUAUUGUCGGCGCUGACAAUGUUGGCUCCAAGCAGAUGCAGAACAUCCGUACGAGCCUCCGAGGCCUCGCUGUCGUACUGAUGGGCAAGAACACGAUGAUGCGCAAGGCAAUUCGUGGACAUUUGGAGAACAAUCCUCAGUUGGAGAAGCUGUUGCCUCACAUCAAAGGCAAUGUUGGCUUUGUGUUCACCAAGGGCGAUUUAGCUGAGGUUCGUGAUAAGCUGUUGGAAUCGAAGGUGCGCGCACCUGCUCGUCCAGGCGCCAUUGCACCAUUGCCUGUCAUCAUUCCGGCCCAGAACACAGGUCUGGGUCCAGAGAAGACCAGUUUCUUCCAGGCUCUGUCCAUCCCGACUAAGAUUUCAAAGGGUACAAUUGAAAUCAUCAAUGAUGUGCCCAUCUUGAAGCCUGGAGACAAAGUUGGUGCCUCUGAGGCUACUUUGCUUAACAUGUUGAACAUCUCGCCAUUCUCGUAUGGCCUGCUCGUCAGCCAGGUUUAUGAUUCGGGUUCCAUCUUCUCGCCUGAGAUCUUAGACAUCAAGCCCGAGGAUUUGCGUGCCAAGUUCCAACAGGGUGUGGCCAAUUUGGCUGCUGUCUGUUUGUCUGUUGGCUAUCCAACGAUUGCGUCCGCACCUCACAGCAUUGCCAACGGAUUCAAGAACCUGUUGGCCAUCGCUGCUACCACAGAGGUUGAGUUUAAGGAAGCUACCACCAUCAAGGAGUACAUCAAGGAUCCCAGCAAGUUCGCUGCUGCUACCGCUACUGCGGCCCCAGCUGCUGGUGGCGGCGCUGCCGAAAAGAAGGAAGAAAAGAAGGUCGAGUCCGAAUCCGAAGAAGAGGAUGACGACAUGGGCUUUGGACUUUUCGAUUAAGCACCACAAUAAUUGCCUGCGAUUGAGUGCUCUGUUACAAUUUCAAUGUUUACAUCAAUUUUGCAUAACUACUUGUGCAAAUUAUUGUCGCGGUUUGACAAACCCAAUGACAAGUUGCAUGUGCAGUGAGCAAACAACAACAAUAAAUAUGUAAACUUUGAUAUUUGUA